AAACGGAAAUGGAAAAACAAAACUGCGCUUUUCUUCUCGUCCAGUCAUGAGAUAUUUACAUACACAUUUGCACUUUUGUAGUUAUUUAUGGUGUUUAAAAUCAGUGAUGUUGGUGGUAUGAAACCGUAUUCAAUAAUAGUCUUAAACGUAGUUUAGUUUGUGAGUUUAUUAAUCGUGGCGGGCUGAGACUUUUCCAUCGGCUCACGGUUAAUGUAUCGGUUUGUGAUUAGACCCAGGGAGUUUGGAAAUGGACGGAUGGAUCGAUAGAUGGUUUGUGAUUAUGAACGCGCUGAUAUUUAUCGCGCGAGCUGAAGAUGCUGCGCGUUCUCGUGCGCGCACACACAACAGAUCAACAGCUGCUCGAUCAGACAUCGUCCAAUCCAACCAUCAUCAAGAGAAGGUGAAAGAUUUGGAGAAAUUCCAGCGCAAAAAAGAGAUGAGGCGAAGUAUCAGCUCUUCAAAGCAGUAUACUGAUGACGUCAUCUCGAGUCAGUGGGGGGAUCAGAGAACCACGAGAAAUAUGUCACAUUGGAGCACGGCAAAGCCUUCAGUGUUUGGAGUCUCAUUCCUCAAGUGCGCUCAGGUGGACGCAGGAAGUGGAACUCCGCAGGUGCGAGUGACGCUGGUGGUCAGGAACCCUGAGGAGGGUCGCGACCUCUCGCAGCUCUGCAUUCGUGACUCUGUGUCUGACGUCAUACUGCAGCAGACCAACGGGAGCGUUCAGGAGAGAGGAUACCAGACCUUCAGCAAAGACACACUGCCCGCUGGCUCUCAGUAUGCAUUUUCGUACAGGAUGAGCCUGAAAGAAAACAGAAAGCAGGUUUUGACAUUACCAGCGUUUCUGACCUUCUCCAAUGCCACUCAGAAUGACAUUCAUCUGUUUGGUCCAGUGGUGGCUAAUUUCACUCUGAGGGUAAACACCACUGAGCAGGUGGAUGUGGAUCACUCUCUUCUCUUCCUGUUCUUCAUGGGUUCGUUCCUCCUGACGCUCCUGCUGGCGUCUCUCAGUGUUGUCAGUGUGAAGCUCCUCUGGCGCAGACGUCUGCUCAGCUGCACUGCGCACACAAGAAGAAGCUUGAAUGAAGAGGCGGGGCUGUACGAGGGAGCGUGUGACAUCACUGCGUCAGCCAAUGAGGAGGCAGCGUUUGAGGAUAAAUUUGUGGAUGUCCUGAUGUUGGAGGAUCCACAAAACAUGAUGCAGGCGCUUGACAGUCUGAACGUGUCGACGCUGUCGCGCGCUGCGGUGGCGCUGGAGCGCGUGCGGGUCCAGAUGUUUAAAGGGCUGGUGUCGGUGCUGCUGGCUGGCGUCGGUGCGGCGGGGCGACUGAGCGUUCGGGCCGAGAGGCGUGUUCUCGGGGUUGUGCACGGGCAGAUCGUGGGCAUGGAAGGGAAAGUCCAGGAGGAGCACGUGGCUCGGAUGGCGGCGCUCGCCGCUCAGUGUAACCUAGAGACGCAGGAGGAGAUGGAGUCACUGCAGCGCAAACACAUGAGCGAAGCGGCGCACGCAGAACGACUGCUUCAACACGCGCCGCAGCAACAGGACGUGCUGGAUCUUCACGCUCUGCUGGAGGAGCUUCAUAAGCAGGAGCAGAAGCAUCUGCAGAAGCGGCUGCAGGUCAGACAUGAACACGCGUCUGCGCAGGCGCAGAGGCAGCAGGCGCUGCGGCGUCGGUUUGAGCUGCACAAGAUCUUGGGCGAGGAGCUGGAGGAGGCCGUCAGAACGGGAGAGCUGGAGAAAACCACCGCCAGCAAACUCCUGCUGCAGUACUACAGCUGUCAGGAUGCUCUGGAGGAGGGGCUUGAUGUCCUUCUGGCCAAUCAGAGAGCACUGCUGGCUGAGCGACACGUGCAGCGCUGCUUCCUGGCGCAGAGUUUACAGAGUCUUCAGGCCGUGAUGAGUGACGCCUUCAGCAGCAGCGCCGGACGCAUCAGAGACGCUCGAGCACACGGAGAGUGUUCUGAUGUUCAGCUGGAGAUUCUGCACGUCAAACAGAAUUUAGAAGAAACUGUGUGUCGUGAGCGCAGCGCAAUUCGCAGUGACAUCAUCAAGAGGAGACGACAGCUCCUGUCAGAGAAGGUGUGUGAACACUGGCGUCAGCUGCAGGCCGUCUGUGGUUCCUCUGACAUCACAGUGAAUCAGUACCUGCAGAAAUGGACCGAACUGCUGAUGUAUCAGAACAAUGAACUAUCAGAACUCAUCAAUCACCUGGACGAAGAGACUGCAGCCAGAACACGCAAGGUGAGUCUGUGUUUGCUGCAGACGUCACUGGCGGAGCUGAAGGCGGCGUCUCCAGGAUCUGCGCGUUUUCUGCCGCAGACGGAGGCGAUUCAGGAGCGUCUGCAGCGGCGGGGUAAAGCAGCGGCCCGCGAGCUGCGAUCCGCUCAGAGCCGCGUCCGACAGCAGCAACGGCAAGAGCUGCAGGAUCAGAGGCGCAUCAGAGACGCCUUCAGAGAAUACUGCAGCGCUCUGUGUGCGUGUCAGCGCUCUCUCUCGCAUGAGCAGCGUCUGUGUCUGCAGCUGGAGUGUGUGAACGCAGCGUGUCGCCUGGAUCGAUGUCUCCUGCUGCAUCACGCCAUCUGUGAGCUUGAACGGCUCAGCUCAGACGCCAGUGACCCCACCGUGACCCUCAGUGACCCCGCCGUGACCCCUGCAGGCUCAGAGACAGAGAGGUCAUCAGAGGUCACAGAGCUGCAGUGUUUCCAGAGGCACCUGCAGGAGAGACUGCGACCGCAGCGCAGCGACACACAGAAUGACACGCGGCAGAGGGAGGCAUGUGUGUUUCAGGAAGAGCAGCUGCACGUGUGUCAGGAGCGUGUGGCCGUGUUUGUGGCGUUGCUGCAGUGGGAACAUGCGGAGAAGAAAACCAAAGUGACAGAGACACACGCGGCCCUGCUGAAACUACAGACACUCAUCACUGCAGAGCUACACACCAGUGAUGUCACACACGCCAUCCACACACACCGCCUGGCUCUGGAGGAGGCGGAGCUCCGGCUUCAGCAGGAGGCGGUGAUGUGGGAGGAGUCAGCAGAGGGGCGGGGCUGUUGCUCAGAUGAUGAUGACGAUGAUGAAGAGGACAUGUUUACAGUGAAGGCUGACAGUGGAGUCUCGGUUCUCCUGCAGGAGGCGCUCUUCAAGAGACAGCAGCUGCAGCGCUCGACUGACAGAGUUCUGAGGAGGAAUCAGACACUCGAGCAUCACAAAGAGCAACUGCAGCUGAAGAGACUUCAGACGUACUGUGAGCAGGAUCUGGCGUUUACAGCAGCGUUGGUCAAACAGGCUCUGAUGGCUGUUCCCGAUCUCCACAUGGUCCUGCGUCUCCUGCUGCCUACAGUACCUGAAGGAGAACUGCUGUCACUCAUAGAUGCACUAGGACCCGGAGCAGGGGGAGGAUCAGGAUGCUGCGCGUCUCUGGCAGACGGACUGAAACACGAGGUGCUGAGCAGAAAUCUGUCUCAAUCUCCUCAACACAGAGACAGAGAGAGAGACAGGUUGCUAAAGAAGCGCCAGAAGCUCCUUGACAAGCUUUUGUCUGGCGCCGGAGGUUCUGAAGACAUUCAUGAGCCUCAGAGGAGACGACGGCGCGUCCGAGAUCUUCCUGUGCUGGAACUUUCCAGCCUGCAGCCCAUGGAGGAGACAGAGGCAGGCCACAUGACGAGGGAUGGUAAUGAGGGGGCGUGGUCUGUGGGCGUGGCUCAGGACAGUCUCAUCUCUACGAGGGAUGGUAAUGAGGGGGCGUGGUCUGUGGGCGUGGCUCAGGACAGUCUCGUCUCUACGAGGGAUGGUAAUGAGGGGGCGUGGUCUGUGGGCGUGGCUCAGGGCAGUCUCGUCUCUACGGGGGAUGGUAAUGCGGGGGCGUGGCCUGUGGGCGUGGCUCAGGACAUUCUCGUCUCUACGAGGGAUGGUAAUGAGGGGGCGUGGCCUGUGGGCGUGGCUCAGGACAGUCUCGUCUCUACGAGGGAUGGUAAUGUGGGGGCGUGGCCUGUGGGCGUGGCUCAGGACAUUCUCGUCUCUACGAGGGAUGGUAAUGAGGGGGCGUGGUCUGUGGGUGUGGCUCAGGACAGUCUCGUCUCUACGAGGGAUGGUAAUGAGGGGGCGUGGCCUGUGGGUGUGGCUCAGGACAGUCUCAUCUCCUCGGAGCGCCUGUUUGUUUUCCGCUGUGCUCCACCUACAGCGCAGCAGCAAACACAAACCACUCGCUCACGCAAGAAGAAACGCAAUUUCCUGAACUUUAAGAAAGCCAGUGUGGCUCCACAACAACACACAUGACAACUACACCGCAAGGCAUUAUGGGAACAUAAUUAUAACAGUGUGUUUCUCUGUAUGUAUUGUUGUUUUAUCAUGAGCGUGUCUGCUGAGAGUUUGUUUCCUGUAUGCAUUCAUCCAGUGGAUGGUGAAAUCAUCAGCUCAGACGAUCGGCUGGUGCGACAAAAGUACAAAUUAAAAGACCUUUGACCUGCAGCUUCAUAUUUACACUCAUUUUUAUUGAAAAGAAAAAGGUUUUCUAAUGAACUUAAAGAUCGAUCAUUUGAAAAGCGCCGUGAAAUUAAAUCUGUAUUUUAUUUCUGAUCCUCA